AUGGACAGAGAUAACUGCAGUAUGUCUAAUCUUGUUGCAGGGUUUCCAAUAACAUUCAAUUCCAACAUGAGAAUGGACCUCUGUCCACGAACCAAGAUUGGCCAGGAUGAUCUACCAGGUUAUGACUUAAUUUCGCAGUUCCAGCUUGAUAAAGCUGCUUCCACAGGCAUUAUCCAACGUGUGGUGGGCUCCACAUCUUUACAAGUUGCUUACAAAUUAGGUACCAAAGCAGACUUCAGGAUUCCUACUAGAUCCUUGUAUCCUCAAGGACUACCUGAUCUGUACUCCAUUCUGACUACUUUUCGGAUGACUGGGAAUACCAUUCGGAAAUCCUGGAGCCUAUGGCAAGUUUUAGAUUCUUCUGGAAAGGAGCAAGUUGGACUGAAGAUUAACGGCCAAGCCAAAAGCCUUGAUUUUUCAUAUAAAGCAAUUGAUGGAAGUCUCCAGACAGCAUCAUUUUUGGAUUUACCUUAUCUUUUUGAUUCCCAGUGGCAUAAAGUUAUGGUCGGUAUAGAAAAGAAAUCUGUCACACUUUAUAUUGACUGUGCUAAGAUACAAACUUUAGCCGUAAAACCAAGGGGGAAGAUCAAUAUUGACGGCUUUACCACAUUGGGAAAAUUGAAAAAUAAUCCGCAAAUUUCAGUUCCGUUUGAGAUCCAGUGGCUGAUGAUUCAUUGUGAUCCUCGACGCCCUCAAAGAGAGACAUGCAGUGAACUUACAAUCCGGAGCUCGAUAAGCCAGACAAUUGUAAAGGGAUUGACAGGACCUGAUGGAUCACCAGGUUUAGCCGGUUCAAAAGGACAAAAGGGUGAAGUGGGCUUGCCUGGAGGCCGUGGACUUCCUGGAAAAGGAAAUCCUGGACCUCCUGGUCCUCCUGGUAUAGGAGGACUUCCAGGAGAAGUGGGAAGAGUUGGGCCACCUGGUGAUCCUGGAAGGAGAGGCCCCUCAGGAGUGCCGGGACCUCCAGGGCCAAGGGGAACAGUUGGCCACCAUGGUGGAGAUCCACUGUGUCCAAAUGCUUGCACAGCUGGCCAUCCAGGAUUUGCUGGAAUGAUGGGUAUGAAGGGUCACAAAGGAGCAAAAGGUGAGAGUGGGGAACCAGGAAAGCAAGGCUUUAAGGGAGAAGAAGGUGAACAAGGACGAAUUGGUGACAUCGGAGAACAGGGCCCUCCAGGACCUCAAGGGUUAAGAGGUUCCAUUGGCAUUAUGGGUUCUAAAGGAGAUAAAGGUGUUCGUGGUUUUGAUGGAGAGCCUGGACCCCAAGGUCUUCCUGGGGCAGCUGGUGAUCAGGGACCACGAGGUUCACUGGGAGAAGCAGGCCCCAAAGGAGAGAGGGGUCCACAAGGCAUUAGAGGAAUUACUGGACUUCCUGGGCCAAAAGGAGAAACUGGUUUACCUGGAGUUGAUGGCCAUGAAGGUAUACCUGCCAUGCCAGGAGCAAAGGGUGAACCGGGAAAACCAGGACCUCCAGGUGAUACAGGCAUUCAGGGAAUCCCUGGCUUAUCUGGCUCUGCUGGAGCACGAGGUGUUGCUGGCCCAAAGGGUGAUGUUGGUCCUCCUGGGAAACCUGGCUUGAUGGGGAAUUCGGGCAAACCUGGAGAACCAGGAUUACAAGGAGAGCCAGGAUCACUGGGACCCAAAGGCCCAUCAGGUAGCAGAGGUGAGCCAGGCCCUUCUGGUCCUCCAGGGUCACCAGGUAAAAUGGGGGCAGAAGGAGACAUCGGACUGCCAGGUUUACCUGGGCCCCCGGGACUGCCUGGUGCUAAAGGCAAUAGGGGUUUAGCUGGUGGGCGAGGGCCAAAAGGAGAACAAGGUCCCGCUGGGGGAGAAGGAGAAGCUGGACAAAGAGGCGACCUUGGUGAUGCAGGUUUGCCAGGCCCUAAAGGAUCUGUUGGGAAUCUUGGUGAACCUGGUUCACGCGGGCCAGAGGGAAACCGUGGCAUGCCUGGCAUCGAAGGAUUUCGUGGCCCCCCUGGCCCCCGUGGUUUGCAAGGGGAACAAGGGACUCAGGGGUUACCUGGCAGUCAGGGACCAGCGGGUAGAGAACCGACUGAUUUGCAUAUUAAGCAGGUUUGCAUGAGAGUAAUACAAGAACAAUUGGCACAGAUGGCUGCUAGUCUUCGGAGGCCUGAAUUUGGGGCUCCUGGCAUCCCAGGCCUACCUGGUCCACCCGGCUCCCCUGGACUUCCAGGACACAGUGGCUUCCCAGGACAGGCUGGAUCCCGGGGACUGCCUGGUCUUAAAGGCCCCCCUGGGGACAUUGGACCGAAAGGCCCCAAAGGUGACACAGGUGAGAAGGGGGAGAGAGGAUUUCCAGGUCAAGGGCCUAAAGGCUUGCCAGGAACAACAGGACUCCCUGGAGAACCCGGCAAGCCCAGUUAUGGCACUGAUGGGCGAGAUGGCGAGAGAGGCCCACCUGGAGCCGCUGGUUCUCCUGGUGUUCCAGGUCCUCCUGGCCCUCCAGGUCCUCCUGGUUAUUGUGAACAGUCGGCCUGCACCAUGGAAGCUGGAUUACAAGGAGGGCAGAAUGUGAAAGGCCCAUGAAAAAUGUAGCAUUUCACAAAAUGACAUGAUGUUUUGAAAUUGGAAGCCAUCUUUGAUCUGCAGAUGUCUACUAACCACCAAGAGAAACAGUCUAGAAAAACCAGACUGUAAAAAAUUCAGCAAAUCUUAUCAAGGCCUUGAUAGAUCUCAAUGUUCUGAUUGUCCCCUCCAUCUGUUUCCUAAUACAGUACAAGACAGUUAAACAUUUCAAAAUGGUGCUUACAAAGUGAUGCCAAGCGGUUUUUCUUAUCUUUCUUGAAUUGUGAUGAAAGGCAGUAGAUGUUUUUUCAGCUGUUAGUUCUUUGGAGUUCCCAAAGUUCCUGAAGUACUUACUUAUAGAGUACAUAACAACCAUCUUUUGUACAGUCUAAUGCAUCGGAAUACUAAGUUAUCCUAUUUUUUUUCCUUUCUACCUAGGGUCCAUUUUAGUGCUAUAAGUAGCCAAUUGAACUUUCUUUGCAUGUCACUGAGAUUUAGAAGUAGUCACCCUGUUUUUAAAAGUACUAAUUUCUGAGGAGUUUAUAUAUAUAUAAUGCUUCAGUGCCAGGUUUACCAGGAAUUUGUCAGGUGAAAUAAACUUAGUUUUCUGCUCUAUUUGAAACAUCUAGAAUUCAAACCACUGCAAAAGGAUUUUUAAUCUUUUGAGAACAGUUAAAAUUUAUAGCUGAGUUUAUUUAUUUAUAAAUACCUUAUCUCUU